AUGCAAAGAGAAAAUGAUAGGGCACAUUAUGUAUACAGCUAUGACCAAGGUAACUUUGCAUAUAGAUGUCAAAGUGGUAGAGUGAAUUAUAAUAUGGAAACUCCUAGAAAUUAUGAGAGAGCAUCCAGAAUAGGCCCAAACUCAAAUAUAUAUUGUCAAGUGAAGAAUGGUAUAGCCAGUAAACCUAUAAAAUCAAUAGAUAUAAAUAAUAAUUAUAAGGAACUAAAAGAAUAUAAUUGGAAGCAUAUUACAUCUAACACUUUUUAUGGAGACCCUGGACCUCACUUAGCAAAUAUAUACUCAGUUCCAGAAGAUCUCAUUAGGUACUAUGAAAUUUAUGAUGGAAUAAGUGGAGUAUUAGGACGUGGAGCUUAUUCAAGUGUAUUUAAGAUAAGAAGUAGAAGGAGUGGUCAAAUAUAUGCACUGAAGGUAAUGAGUAUAGAACACUUUACAUGUAGAGGACUUGGCAACCAACUCAAAAGAGAAGUAGAUUUACAGUCUAUGUGCUGCCACUCAAAUAUUGUAAAGCUAUAUAGACAUUAUGAGAAAGAUAGAUAUAUAUUCCUUAUUCUAGAAUUUGUUGAAACAAAUUUAUUUAAUAUUAUUCAUUAUAAUAAAUAUAAAAGAAAGAACUUUAAAAGUGGUUCAUAUAAAUCCCCAAAUAGAAUAAGAUAUGGAGAAUGUUUAACUAAAAAAUUGGAUGAGGAAUGCCAAUUACUUUCUACAAGUGAAAUAAUUCACUAUAUUACUCAGCUUCUAAAAGGUAUAAAUUAUUUACAUAGUAGAAAUAUAAUUCAUAGGGAUAUAAAGCCUGAGAAUAUUUUAUUAACUUCAGAUAAUAUUGUAAAGAUAGGAGAUUUUGGAUGGUGUGGAGAUUUAAAUAGAAGUUGUUCUUCUAUUGCUGGCACAUUUUGUUAUAUGGCACCAGAAAUUCUUAAAGGUCAGUGUCAAACUUCAAAAGUAGAUUGUUGGAGUAUUGGCAUUGUAUUAUAUGAAUUAUUAGUUGGCAAAGUUCCAUUCCCACAACCUUAUGUAGGGGAUGAUCACAAUAAUAGUUGCAUGACAACAAUUAUGUUGAAUUCAAUAAGAGAUUUACAUUAUAUCCCAAAACCAAGUAAUGUAUCGUAUGAUGCUUGGGAUCUUUGCUGUUGGUUAUUAAGAUAUUAUCCAAGUGAAAGAGCUUCUGCAGCAGAGGCUUUAAAUCAUCCAUAUUUGAAGAAUUCAAGUUAUGAAGUGUGGAAUUCCAGCAUACCCAUAGACAAAAAAAUAUCAUUUAACUUGCGAAAUUGUCAAGGUGAUUACAUUUCACAAAGAAUUCAUCCAAAAAUUUCACAGAAUUAUCGAGAUAUUUCUAACUGUAAACUAGGAAAUAAUCAAUAUACAAAGAUUCACGAUAUUUCUUCACCAGCUUUACCAAUAGUGGCAGUACCUACCCCUAAGAAUACUUCUAAAAAUUCAGUAACACCUAAAAAUAGACAAGUUAGUCGAAUGGUUUCUGAGACUCCAAUAUAUUAUGAUAAUUUUUAUAACACAAAUGAAGCAAGAAAUACACAGAGAUAUUAUCAAGUGUCAAAUUUACAUAAAGAUAUUGAAUAUAAGAAGAUACAAAACUUUAAAGACAUUCCAACUACAGAGACAGUUAGAUUAGGAAUAUCCCCAACUUUAAUAUAUCCAAAAAUAUCUCCUGUUUUAGAUGUAAAAAAUCUACCUAAUAGAUAUGUGAGUCAACCUCCACCAAUAAAUCGAACUCCAAAUAAUAGUAUUAACCACACAAACUAUUAUAUGAUUAAUAGAUCUUCUAAUUUCGAUGGGAAUUUAUACCGACAAUAUAAAUAUUAA